AUGGCAGCCAGUUUUAAGGUUCCACAGUUGACUAUUUCUAAGGUAAAACAAACGACAAAUCUACCCAAAUUUGAUUGGAAACGAUUCACCAAAGAAAAGAAGCUGGGAAGUGGCGGUUUUGGGAAAGUUUACCUCGGAAAAUAUGAAGGAGAAAUCGAAAAAGUCGUCGUUAAGAAGAUGAAAGGUGAAAACUACGACGCAAAGUCACGUUUUAUUAAAGAGGCAAAACUUUUAAACGUAACGCAGGGCCACAGAAAUAUAGUGAAAUUUUUAGGGUUUUGUGAAGAGCCGGGCUCUAUAUUGAUGGGAUACGCGUGUUUUGACUUUGGCCCGUUUGAUAUAGAAAAACGUGUCAGCACUUUGUCGAACUUUCUUCACCUCGUCGAUGACGAUUUUGACUUUACAUCAUUUGCAGAACUGUUGCCAGUAUGUGCUAAGGAUAUAAUAACCGGUUUGGAGUAUCUCCAUAAUAAGAACAUUGCCCAUAGAGAUCUUAAACCAGCUAACAUCUUAGUCUGUAACCAACAUUACAGUAACCCGUGCCUUAUAAAAACUGAUUUCAAAACUGCCUACGCCGACUGCCCAAUUGUUUGUAAGCUGGCAGAUUUUGGUCUGAGUAGAUCUCUUGAACUACAAACCAAGACAGUUUUGAUGUCCAAAACGCAAUGCAUAGGUCGUGGUACUCUCGAAUACAUGGCACCUGAGAUUCACUCUGCCAAAACAAUCUAG